CCCCCCUCCAACUUCCACUUUUCACCGCCUCCCCCAAACCAUCAUUAUUAUAUUCUCAGUCCAACUAAAAGCAGUUAAAAAAGACUGCAAAGACAUACAAGGAGAGAGAGAGAGAGAGAGAGAGAUCUACUCCUUGAGCAGCUGAGCUCUUGUUAUUAAGGCACUCAUUCUCUGGUGUUUUCUCUUAGUUCCAUCUCUAAUACUCCCCUUUUAUUGAAGAGAGAGAGAGAGAGAGAGAGAGAGAGAGAUCAGUUGAUUCCAAACUUUGAAGAAAAAGAGGUGACCGAACUUUGAAGAAAAAGAGGUGACAUGUUUGAAAAAAUGGUAGACGAAGAAAUCUCAAAUGGUUUUACUCAAAACCCAAGUGGUGGAUCCAAUCCUCCCCCUCUAAGGAAGAAGAGAAAUCUCCCUGGAAAUCCAGAUCCUGAGGCCGAAGUCAUCGCGCUGUCCCCCAAAACCCUAAUGGCGACCAACCGGUUCUUGUGCGAGAUAUGCGGGAAAGGUUUCCAAAGGGAUCAAAACUUGCAGCUGCACAGGCGCGGGCAUAACCUGCCGUGGAAGCUGAAGCAAAGGACCAGCAAGGAAAUCCGGAAGCGCGUCUACGUCUGCCCCGAGAAGACUUGCGUCCACAACCACCCUUCCAGGGCGCUCGGCGACCUGACCGGGAUAAAGAAGCACUUCUGCAGGAAGCACGGCGAGAAGAAGUGGAAGUGCGACAAGUGCGCGAAGCGAUACGCCGUGCAGUCGGACUGGAAGGCUCACUCGAAAACUUGUGGCACUCGGGAGUACAAGUGCGACUGUGGUACUAUAUUUUCGAGGAGAGAUAGCUUCAUCACCCACAGGGCCUUCUGUGAUGCCUUAGCAGAAGAAUCAGCAAGAGUCGCGGCGGCAUCAAACAUCAACACCCCAAUGGCCACUCCCAACAACAUCAGUUACCAUUUCAUCGGAGCCCAAAUUGGCGGCCCGACGAUGCCCCAGAACUUCUCUCCCAUUUUCAUUCCAACCUCAACGAAAAACGACGAAAAUCUCACUCCGAACAAGCCGUUACCGCUCCCUCUUUGGAUUGGGAAUACUGAUUUCCAACAGGUUCACCAACUAGGCGAUCCACUGCAGGUUCAGUGUUCGAAUCCCCCACCAUCCGAUUACCAAAUGAAUUGGGUGUUUGGAAACAAGAUCGGUUCGGGCAAUACCGAUGAAAUGACGAGCAUUUCGAUUCCUUCCUUGUAUGGAAUUGGAAUCCAUCACCAGCCUCAGCAAAUGGCUUCCACAAAUACUUCUGCAACGGCUCUGUUACAGAAGGCUGCACAAAUUGGUGCAACUUCCAGUUAUAAUCAUCAAGGGCAAGAUGGGAACAAGUUUUGUGGACUAAUGUAUGGUGCAAACCCAAGCAUAACAGGCAGCAUUGGAAGUGAGGUGGAGAGCGGAGGAAAUGAUCUCUCUGGUUAUAAUCAGUUCCAGAUGUACCCCUCGAAGCGCCGGAACAUACAUAAGGAAGAGAGCGUUGCUGCUGGAGGGCAAACUAGGGAUUUCUUGGGCGUUGGCGUGCAAUCCCUCUGCCACCCUUCUUCCGUCAACGGGUGGAUUUGAUCGCGUUCGAAUUCUCUUUAACAAAUUUACGAGAUCACAGAACCGCCAAGUAAAUUGCAUGGAUGUCACGAUUUAAAGGUAGUGCCCGGUGAGACCUACUUUUGCAAAAUUGCGAACUUCCAUACACUUUCCGUUGACCGGUUCUGUGACUUGUUCAUGUGGUCGUAGAAUAAUUACUCAAUUGGAAUUCAUGCACUCAAGAAAUUAAAGCAAGGUGGAUACUAAAGAGUUAGUAAAUGAAGAACUUUGCAGAUGGGAAAAA